AUGGCGCUUGUCCCUGAGGGGGACAUGCCAUGUGCCCCGCAGUGGGAUGUGCCACACGUCCCCAAGCGGGAGGUGGAGCAGGAGUCGCUGAGCGCCGCCGUCUUCCUCCUCUACCUGCUCUCCUUCGGCCUGGACACGGCCUACGGCCUGGGGGUGACCCCCGGCUACCUGCUGCCUCCCAACUUCUGGGUCUGGACGCUGCUGACGCACGGGCUGGUGGAGGAGCGGGCCUGGGGCCUGGCGGCCAGCCUGGCCACGCUGGGGGCGGCCGGCCGGCUGCUGGAGCCCCUCUGGGGCGCCCUGGAGCUGCUGGUCUUCUUCACGGUGGUGAACGUCUCGGUGGGGCUCCUGGGGGCCCUCGCCUACUUCCUUACCUACGUGGCCUCCUUCCACCUCGCCUACUUGUUCGCCGUCCGCAUCCACGGCGGGCUGGGCUUCCUCGGGGGAGUCUUGGUGGCCCUCAAGCAGACGAUGGGGGACAGCACUGUCCUGAAGGUGCCCCAAAUCAGAAUGAAGGCUGUCCCCAUGCUCCUGCUCCUUCUCCUGUCUCUGCUGCGGCUUGCUGCCCUCGUCGAGAGCAAUGUACUGGCCUCGUAUGGCUUCGGCCUCCUCUCCAGCUGGGUCUAUCUCCGUUUCUACCAGCGACACAGUAGAGGCCGCGGAGACAUGUCUGACCAUUUCGCCUUUGCCACUUUCUUCCCCGAGAUCCUGCAGCCCGUGGUGGGUCUGGUGGCCAACCUGGUGCACAGCAUCCUGGUGAAGGUGAAGGUCUGCCGCAAGACAGUCAAACGCUAUGAUGUGGGUGCCCCGUCAUCCAUCACCAUCAGUCUGCCGGGGACAGACCCCCAAGAUGCCGAGAGGAGAAGGCAGCUGGCCCUGAAGGCCCUAAACGAGCGGCUGAAGCGAGUGGAGGACCAGUCGGCCUGGCCUAGCAUGGAGGAUGACGAGGAGGAGGCGGCGGCAGUGAAGGCCGACAGCCCGCUGCUGCCUGACCCCAGUGCAGCUGGGAAGGGUGCUGGUCAGGAGUCCAACCUCAUCACCUUCCAGGAUGCCCCGUCCCAGCUGUGACGGGCCGACAUGCCGCCCCCCUUCCCCGCCCCAUCUCCGUGGGAGAGCUGCUAACCCCCCUUGUGUCCCCCCCCGCAGUUGGGACGCUCGGCGGGGAGUGGGGACUCCUCCUGCGGCAGAGGCAGGGGGGCUACCUCAUUCCAAUGCUUUGUUGCCGCUCACGGCCAGCACCGGACCCCCAGGAUGACGAUGCUGCCGCCACCACAAGGAUGGGGGUUCUCGAGCCGCUCCCCUCAGUGCAGGGCAGGCCACGGACAUCGAGACACCGGCAGCAGGGGCUGUUUCAGGAGGGGGAUGCGGGGCUGAUCCCUGCCCCGAUGCCACUGCGCUUGCCCACGCCGGAGCAAAGUCAGCAGCACUUCCUCGCUUCUCUGCCCCAGGGGUUGGCCAGAGCACUCAACACUUACUUCCUCCUUUCUGAAGGUAGUUUUGUCUCUGAGGGAAUGGGAAGGCUGGUGGGUUUCUUUUCU